UGGAACAGCCAUGGCUAUGACAUUGCUAAAAUAUUUGGAAACAAAUUUACACUAAUCUCACCAGUCUGGUUACAAGUGAAAAGGAGAGGGAAGGAAAGGUUCCAAUUCACUGGGCUCCAUGAUGCUGAUAAAGGCUGGAUGAAGGAUGUCAGAAAAACCUCCAAAAACAUCAAAAUAGUGCCUCGACUUUUGUUUGAUGGCUGGACUUAUCAGGACUUCGGGAGUGUUUUUGGCAGUGAGGAUGAGAUAGAGGAGCUUUCCAAGAACAUGGUUCUGCUAGCCAAGAAUGAAAAUUUUGAUGGUUUUGUAAUUGAAGUUUGGAGUCAGCUGGGAAAUCAAAAGCGAACGGAGUUGAUUCACUUGCUUAUUCACCUUUCUGAAGCUCUGCAUGAAGCACAACUUAAACUCGUACUGGUCAUCCCUCCUGCAGUUGCAGCAGGGACUAACCAGCCGGGAAUGUUCACAAAGAAAGAAUUUGAUCAGUUGGCCUCAGUGAUAGACAGCUUCAGUCUCAUGACAUAUGACUACUCAACACCACAACGACCUGGUCCAAAUUCCCCUCUUCCCUGGGUGCGUGCUUGUGUUCAGGUACUGGAUCCUGAUUCAAAAUGGAGGAAUAAAAUACUUCUAGGGCUGAAUUUCUAUGGCAUGGACUAUUCUGCUUUGGGAGCCUCUGGGGAGCCAAUCCUUGGUAGCAGGUAA